AUGGAUUUUACAAAUAAGGAGUCAGCUGAAAUGAUUAAUGAUAAUUUACUUAACUCUAAUGAAUUCAAUUUAAAUGACACUGUUUACUUUGAAUCUGAGAUAACUAUUCCUCUUGAUUAUUCUGAUACAUACAACAAUUCUGUACUCUCAAAAGAUGAUUACCAAGAUAUAUCUAAUUAUUAUAAUAAUUCUGUACACUCAGAUGAUAAUAAUUAUAUAGCCACUCAAUUAUGCAACUCAGUGAAUGAAGAUGAAUUAGAUAACAAUGAAACAGAUGAUGAAUUGCAUUUGGAAUUGGUAGUUGGUAUUUCAUUUUCAUACUGGGAAUCUUUUAAAGCUUGGCUUAAUCGUUUUGCACUGCAGGAAGGGUUUGAUUAUAAAAUUAGGACAAGUGAAGCAGAUAAUAAAGGCAUAAUUCGAAGAGCAACCUAUGUGUGUACAAAAGCUGGCACUCACAGUCCAAACAUAACAGUUGAUCCUACUAAGC